AAAAAAAGCAAGCAAAGAAUAUUUUGGGUCAAAUCUUGGUAGAAUAUUUACGAUCAUAGUCCAAGAGAAACGUUGUCGCAGGGCUUCAAGCUCUAUGUUCUAUCCUGAAUGUUACACAGUACAAACUCACAAAGACCGCCACUGACUUGUCCACCUCUAAAGUGAACGUGAUCAUAGAUUGUCCAUUUUGCAGGAACAGAUCUAGUUUUCGAUUGAUUGCCAACUAUAACAUUAAUCCAAACCGUCGGGAAGCUAGAAUAUCAUUGACCACAUCAUUACUAACUCACAAUGACGAGAUUAGACAUGGUUUACUUCGGUGUCAACACCGGGAUAUGAAGAAUGAUAGUACAUGAUCACCAAAAUCUAUGGGCCAUGCUGUAAAUUCAGUCAAGGGAUUUUAACAAAGAAACCGUCCUUGCUCAAUUUCGAAUGAGAUGUUGGCUAGUUCAAUUUUGAUCAAGUUGCUCUAAACAUGGGUGUUUUCAACGGGAUUUUGGACGGGAUUGUGAGUUGCUUUGGGGUUCUCACACCUCUUCAAUGGCUGGGAUUACUCGGACUUGUAAUGCUAUACAUUUAUUGGAGUUUGACCAAGAACUAUGGAGUCUUUGAAAAACAAGGCCUAUUCUCCAUCACCCCCAAAUUGCUGUUUGGAAACACAAAAGAUCUGGUGAUGGAGACCAAAUCUAUGAUUCAGUUCUAUCGAGACAUCUAUAAGCAAUUCGGAGAUCGGAAAUACGGUAUCUUUAAUGAUGGAACUGCGCCGACUUUGCUGAUUAAGGACCCGGAUCUGAUCAAGCAAGUGCUCGUGACCGAUUUCGACCACUUUGUGGAUCUCAACUUCAUUCCCAAAGAUCUCGCUCAUUUGCCAUUGAAUGAACUGGGCCUGACCAAUGCCGUCGGAGACGAAUGGAGGUCCCUUCGGACUAGUAUCACACCCGCUUUCAGCUUGAAGAACAUCAAGAACAUUGGCACCAAGAUCAAUGCCCCCGCCUUGGACGUGAUUGACGCCAUGAAGAAGUGUCCCAAGGGACUUGUGGAUAUGGAGAAGCUGACCGGUCACUACGCCAUUGAUUGCAUCGGUCGGAUCGUCUUCAGUAUGGAUUUCCAGACCAUCAAAUCCGACGGCAAUGAGAUCGUGACCAAUGGCAACAAUUUCUUCGAAACAUGGCGCUUCUUCAUGACCAUGUCCAUUCCCAAAUUAGCCAAACUCUUCAAUAUUUCACUUUUCAAACCCCAAUCGGUGAGAUACUUUCUGGCCAUGACAGAGAAUAUUCUGAAGGGUCGGAAUGGCUCCAAAACCUAUCCCAAUGAUGUCCUGGGCCUCAUGAUGAAGAUCCGUGACCAGAAACUGGCGCCAGAGGACGACGAUCUCAAGGGACAGAAACAGGCACUGGCCGCCAAGUUCAUGACGGACACCAUGAUCAGCCGCACUCUGAUGCAGUUCUUCCUGGAUGGUUACGACACGGUCAGUGCGUUACUCUCCAUGGUUUUCUACUUUGUGGCCAUUGAUCCGGAGGUCCAGGACCGUUUGCUGAUCGAGAUUGACGACAUGGCCUCCAAAGUGGGCGCCAAUAUCACGGGGGACGACGUCAAGGACCUAAAGUACUUGGAUCAGGUCUUCCAUGAAAGCAGUCGGUUGGCGGCCUUUUCUUUCACCGUUCGGAGAUGCACCAAGAGUUGGAAGAUUCCGGGCACAGAUGUGGUCAUUCCAGAAGAUAUGGGCGUCCUGAUUCCCAUUCAAGGGCUUCAUACCGACCCCCAAUACUUUCCCGACCCGGAGAAAUUCGACCCUGAUCGGUUCAGCCCGGAAUAUAAGCUGACCAUGAAGACUGGGACGUUUCUACCGUUUGGCAUGGGACCAAGGGCUUGCAUUGGGAUGCAGAUUGCGCUGAUGGAGGCCAAGAUCUUGAUGUACCAGGUGUUUCGAAAUUUUCGCCUGGAGCCCUGUGACCAGACCGUGAUUCCUAUCAAAUGGAGGAAAGACCACUUUAACCGACUGGACGGGGGUGUAAAACUCAAAGCGGUCCCUCGUUAGAGAAAGACGUUAUGAGACUUUUCAGACGCCCACACCUGAUUUUUUAUUUUUGGAAUUGAUUAGGGAAAGUGUUAAAUAUUAUUAUGCUUGCGUCAGAAGACGCUCCUCUUGAGGGCACCUUCCAUAUCAAUUACCUUAAAAGCAAUGCUUGAAGGCCGCGUGACCUUUGUUUGUUACAGAACACCUCUAAUAGACAUGUUGCACUACAUUUUCCCCUCUCCUGGGAUAGGAUGCAAAUAGAUACAGGUAAAUAAAAUUACAUGCAAAUA